UUCCGGUCACGUGACAAACGUAGCAAACACGUUCUCCAUUUUGUAUUUUGAUCGUUUGAUCUGAUGUUUAUUUCUUUGUAGCAGAGAACGUUUAUAUUUUAAGAGUGAUCAAGAAAGACUUGGCCAUCCCUAGUGAUGGCUUUUCCAUACACAGUGAUUGGCCCUGGGGGUCAGCCGUUUAUCAUCGGCCAGGUGCCUGUCAUCCAGCAGGCUGUAAUUCCCACCAUUCAGGCACAGGCACUACCGCAACAGCCACCACCACAACCUGUUCCUCAGCAGCCCAAAGUUCCAGAUUACAUGUCGGAAGAGAAGCUCCAAGAUAAAGCAAGAAAAUGGCAACAGCUACAAUCGAAACGUUAUGCUGAGAAGCGCAAGUUUGGUUUUGUUGAUGCUCAGAAAGAGGACAUGCCACCGGAGCAUGUGCGGAAAAUCAUUCGUGACCAUGGUGACAUGACUAACAGAAAGUUCCGUCAUGACAAGAGAGUCUAUCUUGGAGCACUGAAGUACAUGCCCCAUGCCGUAAUGAAGCUGAUGGAAAACAUGCCAAUGCCGUGGGAGCAGAUUCGUGAUGUCAGUGUGUUGUAUCACAUCACUGGAGCCAUCACAUUUGUCAAUGAAAUACCCUGGGUCAUAGAACCAGUCUACAUUGCUCAGUGGGGGACGAUGUGGAUCAUGAUGAGACGAGAGAAGCGUGAUCGUCGUCACUUCAAGAGGAUGAGGUUCCCCCCGUUCGAUGACGAGGAACCACCGCUGGACUACGCCGACAAUGUGCUGGAUGUUGAGCCGCUGGAAGCCAUUCAGAUGGAGCUCGAUGUGGAGGAAGACAAGGCUGUAGCGGAGUGGUUCUAUGACCACAAGCCUUUGGUGGACUCCAAACACGUGAAUGGGACAACAUAUCGAAAGUGGAACCUGAGUUUGCCAGUCAUGUCCAUCCUGUACCGCCUGGCGAACCAGCUGCUUACGGACCUGGUCGAUGAGAACUACUUCUACCUGUUUGACCUCAAGUCAUUCUUCACAGCCAAGGCCCUCAACCUGGCUAUCCCAGGAGGACCCAAGUUUGAACCACUCGUCAAGGAUCAUGGAAUGCAAGAUGAAGACUGGAAUGAAUUCAAUGACAUCAACAAGAUCAUCAUUCGACAGCCAGUGCGCACAGAGUACCGCAUCGCUUUCCCGUAUCUAUACAACAACCUGCCAUUCCAGGUCCAUCUCUCGUGGUAUCAUACUCCCAAUGUGGUGUUCAUCAAGACAGAGGACCCCGACCUGCCAGCAUUCUACUUUGAUCCCCUGAUCAAUCCCAUCUCACACAGACACGCUGUCAAGGGUCAGGAGCCACUCCCCGAUGACGACGAGGAGUUUGAGCUUCCCGACUAUGUACAGCCCUUUCUACAGGACACGCCUCUGUACACAGACAACACGGCUAACGGCAUUGCCCUCCUGUGGGCACCACGCCCCUUCAAUCUGCGAUCUGGCCGCAGUCGCAGAGCAAUGGACGUUCCGCUGGUCAAGUCAUGGUAUCGUGAGCACUGUCCGGCUGGUAUGCCUGUCAAAGUGCGAGUGUCUUACCAGAAGCUCCUCAAGUAUUACGUCUUGAAUGCACUGAAGCACAAACCUCCAAAAGCACAAAAGAAGAGAUACCUCUUCCGAUCAUUCAAGGCGACCAAGUUUUUCCAGACCACCCAGUUGGACUGGGUUGAGGUUGGCUUGCAGGUUUGUCGCCAGGGAUACAACAUGUUGAAUCUGUUGAUCCACAGAAAGAACCUCAACUACCUUCACUUGGAUUACAACUUCAACUUGAAGCCAGUCAAAACACUGACCACAAAGGAAAGAAAGAAGUCCCGUUUCGGCAAUGCUUUCCAUUUGUGUCGAGAGGUGUUGCGAUUGACAAAGUUGGUGAUAGACAGUCAUGUGCAGUAUCGACUGGGCAACGUGGAUGCGUUUCAGUUGUCCGAUGGAAUACAAUACAUAUUUGCUCACGUGGGCCAGCUGACUGGAAUGUACCGCUACAAGUACAAGCUGAUGAGGCAGAUCCGCAUGUGUAAAGACAUCAAACAUCUCAUCUACUACAGAUUCAACACAGGUCCUGUUGGUAAAGGUCCCGGCUGUGGAAUCUGGGCACCAGGCUGGCGGAUAUGGCUGUUCUUCAUGCGUGGCAUCACACCUCUGUUGGAACGGUGGCUUGGCAACCUGUUGUCGAGGCAGUUCGAAGGUCGUCACUCCAAGGGUGUGGCCAAGACGGUCACCAAGCAGAGAGUGGAGAGUCACUUCGAUUUGGAACUGAGAGCAGCAGUAAUGCAUGACAUUCUGGACAUGAUGCCGGAAGGAAUAAAGCAGAACAAAGCUCGGACAAUCCUGCAGCAUUUAAGUGAAGCCUGGCGGUGCUGGAAAGCAAACAUUCCUUGGAAAGUUCCUGGACUUCCAACUCCAAUUGAAAAUAUGAUCCUGAGGUUUGUGAAGGCUAAAGCUGAUUGGUGGACAAACACAGCGCAUUACAAUCGGGAGCGAAUCAGAAGAGGUGCAACUGUGGACAAAACAGUGUGCAAGAAGAACCUUGGUCGUCUGACUCGUCUGUACCUGAAAGCAGAACAAGAAAGACAGCACAACUAUCUGAAGGAUGGUCCAUACAUCACAGCUGAAGAAGCUGUAGCGAUCUACACAACAAUGGUGCACUGGCUUGAGAGUCGCAGGUUCUCCCCGAUUCCGUUCCCGCCGCUAUCGUACAAACAUGACACCAAACUGCUCAUCCUAGCCUUGGAGAGACUCAAAGAGGCAUACAGUGUGAAGAGUCGACUGAACCAGUCACAGAGGGAGGAGCUUGGCCUCAUUGAACAGGCCUACGAUAAUCCCCACGAAGCCUUGUCUAGAAUCAAGCGUCACCUGCUCACACAGCGAGCAUUUAAAGAGGUUGGGAUUGAGUUCAUGGACCUGUACAGCCACCUGAUUCCUGUGUACGACGUGGAGCCGCUGGAGAAGAUCACCGACGCGUAUCUCGACCAGUAUCUGUGGUACGAGGCUGACAAGCGCAGACUCUUCCCGCCAUGGAUCAAACCCUCCGACUCCGAGCCACCGCCCACUCUUACAUACAAGUGGUGUCAAGGCAUCAACAACCUGCAGGACGUGUGGGACACGGCUGAGGGUGAGUGUAACGUCAUGCUAGAGUCGCACUUCGAGAAGAUGUACGAGAAGAUCGAUCUUACGCUCCUCAACAGACUGCUGCGGCUCAUCGUCGACCACAACAUUGCCGAUUACAUGACCGCCAAAAACAACAUCGUCAUCAACUACAAGGACAUGAACCACACCAACUCCUAUGGAAUUAUCCGUGGUCUCCAGUUUGCCUCAUUCAUCGUUCAGUUCUUUGGACUGGUGCUUGAUCUGCUGGUGCUGGGUCUGAUGAGGGCCAGUGAGAUGGCAGGCCCGCCGCAGUUACCCAAUGACUUUCUCACUUACCAGGAUGUAUCAACAGAGGCGGCUCAUCCUAUCCGGUUGUAUUCACGAUACAUUGACAGAAUUCACAUCUUCUUCAGAUUCACGGCUGAAGAGGCCAGGGAUCUGAUCCAGCGAUACCUGACGGAGCACCCCGACCCCAACAAUGAGAACAUAGUGGGUUACAACAACAAGAAGUGCUGGCCGCGAGACUCCAGGAUGAGGCUCAUGAAACACGAUGUUAAUCUGGGUCGUGCUGUGUUCUGGGACAUCAAGAACCGCCUCCCGCGGUCGGUGACGACGAUCCAGUGGGAGAGCAGCUUUGUGUCGGUGUACAGCAAGGACAACCCCAACCUGCUCUUCAACAUGUGCGGCUUCGAGUGCCGCAUUCUGCCCAAGUGUCGCACGUCACACGAAGAGUUCACGCACAAAGACGGGGUCUGGAAUCUACAGAAUGAGGUAACUAAAGAGAGGACAGCUCAGUGUUUCUUGAGAGUGGAUGAUGAGUCGAUGCACAGAUUCCAUAACAGAGUCAGACAAAUUCUUAUGGCAUCUGGUUCCACCACCUUCACAAAGAUUGUCAACAAGUGGAACACGGCUCUGAUUGGUCUGAUGACGUAUUUCCGAGAGGCUGUCGUCAACACCCAAGAGCUGCUUGACCUGCUCGUCAAGUGCGAGAACAAGAUCCAGACUCGUAUCAAGAUCGGUCUCAACUCCAAGAUGCCCAGUCGAUUCCCGCCCGUCGUUUUCUACACGCCCAAAGAGCUGGGAGGGUUGGGGAUGCUGUCAAUGGGUCACGUGUUGAUCCCACAGUCAGACUUACGCUGGUCCAAACAGACUGAUGUCGGGAUCACACAUUUCAGGUCGGGCAUGAGUCAUGACGAAGAUCAGCUCAUUCCAAAUCUGUACAGGUACAUCAUGCCUUGGGAAAGCGAGUUCAUUGACUCACAGCGAGUGUGGGCGGAAUAUGCACUCAAGAGGCAAGAGGCUAAUGCCCAAAACAGACGAUUGACUCUGGAAGACUUGGAGGACUCGUGGGAUCGAGGUAUUCCGCGUAUCAACACACUGUUCCAGAAGGACCGACACACACUAGCUUACGAUAAAGGUUGGCGGGUGCGCACAGACUUCAAACAGUACCAGGUGCUGAAACAGAACCCGUUCUGGUGGACCCACCAGCGUCACGACGGCAAGCUGUGGAACCUCAACAACUACCGCACGGACAUGAUCCAGGCCCUCGGUGGCGUCGAGGGAAUCUUAGAGCACACACUCUUCAAGGGAACAUAUUUCCCUACCUGGGAGGGUCUCUUCUGGGAGAAGGCGAGUGGUUUUGAAGAAUCCAUGAAGUACAAGAAGUUGACUAAUGCACAGAGGUCUGGUCUGAACCAGAUUCCAAACCGCCGAUUCACUCUCUGGUGGUCACCUACCAUCAACAGGGCAAAUGUGUACGUUGGUUUCCAAGUGCAGCUCGAUCUGACCGGUAUCUUCAUGCACGGCAAGAUCCCUACGCUGAAAAUCUCACUCAUCCAGAUCUUCAGGGCUCACUUGUGGCAGAAGAUUCACGAGAGCGUCGUCAUGGAUCUCUGUCAGGUGUUUGACCAGGAGCUUGAUGCUCUGGAGAUUGAGACAGUCCAGAAGGAGACUAUUCACCCGCGGAAGUCCUACAAGAUGAACAGCUCAUGUGCCGACAUUCUGCUGUUUGCUGCGUACAAGUGGAACGUGUCCAAGCCAUCAUUGCUGGCCGACUCAAAAGAUGUAAUGGAUGGAGCCACAACCCAGAAGUACUGGCUGGACAUCCAGCUGCGAUGGGGCGACUAUGACUCUCACGACAUUGAGAGGUACGCGAGGGCCAAGUACCUGGACUACACCACGGACAACAUGAGUAUCUAUCCGUCUCCCACCGGCGUCCUCGUCGCCAUCGACCUCGCCUACAACCUCCACAGUGCUUAUGGCAACUGGUUCCCUGGUGCAAAACCUCUGAUCCAGCAGGCUAUGGCGAAGAUCAUGAAGUCGAACCCAGCUCUGUACGUGUUGCGGGAACGCAUCAGGAAGGGUCUGCAACUCUACUCUUCAGAGCCCACUGAACCGUACCUGAGCUCACAGAACUAUGGUGAACUGUUCUCCAACCAGAUCAUUUGGUUUGUGGACGACACGAAUGUCUACAGAGUCACAAUCCACAAGACAUUUGAGGGUAACUUGACCACAAAACCCAUCAAUGGUGCUAUUUUCAUUUUCAACCCAAGGACAGGACAACUUUUCCUGAAGAUCAUUCACACUUCUGUGUGGGCAGGCCAGAAACGUCUUGGACAGUUGGCAAAAUGGAAGACUGCCGAGGAAGUGGCUGCUUUGAUCCGAUCCCUUCCAGUUGAAGAACAGCCAAAGCAAAUUAUUGUCACAAGAAAGGGCAUGUUGGAUCCACUUGAGGUCCAUCUUCUUGAUUUCCCCAACAUUGUCAUCAAGGGCAGUGAACUGCAGUUGCCUUUCCAAGCCUGUUUAAAGGUUGAGAAAUUUGGAGAUUUGAUCUUGAAAGCGACUGAACCCCAGAUGGUCUUGUUCAAUCUCUACGAUGAUUGGCUGAAGACGAUCUCAUCAUACACAGCCUUCUCACGUCUGAUUCUGAUCCUGCGUGCACUGCACGUGAACAACGACAAGACAAAGAUCAUCCUGAAGCCAGACAAGACGACGAUCACGGAGAUCCACCACAUCUGGCCCACGCUGUCCGACGAGGAUUGGAUGAAGAUUGAGGUCCAGCUCAAGGACCUCAUCCUCGCCGAUUACGGCAAGAAAAAUAAUGUGAACGUGGCCUCUCUGACACAGUCUGAGAUCCGCGACAUCAUCCUGGGAAUGGAGAUCUCCGCGCCGUCCGCCCAGCGCCAGCAGAUCGCCGAGAUCGAGAAGCAGACCAAAGAACAGUCGCAGCUGACGGCCACGACAACUCGCACCGUCAACAAGCACGGCGACGAGAUCAUCACCUCGACGACCAGUAACUACGAGAGUCAGACAUUCUCAUCGAAGACGGAGUGGCGGGUGCGGGCGAUCUCGGCCACCAACCUGCAUUUGAGGACGAACCACAUCUACGUGUCUUCGGACGACAUCAAGGAGACAGGCUACACAUACAUCCUGCCAAAGAACAUCCUCAAGAAGUUCAUCAUCAUCUCCGAUCUCAGAGCGCAGAUUUCUGGCUACCUGUACGGAGUUAGUCCCCCUGACAACCCCCAGGUGAAGGAGAUUCGCUGUAUCGUGAUGCCUCCACAGUGGGGAACCCAUCAGACAGUUCACCUUCCCACCAUUCUGCCAGACCACGAGUACCUUAAGGAGAUGGAACCUCUCGGGUGGAUUCACACACAGCCUAACGAGUUGCCACAGUUGUCACCACAAGACAUCACAAGUCACGCCAAGAUCAUGUCGGACAACUCCAGUUGGGAUGGGGAGAAGACCGUUGUCAUAACUUGCAGCUUUACACCUGGUUCCUGUUCAUUGACUGCCUACAAGCUGACACCUAGUGGGUACGAGUGGGGCCGACAGAAUAAGGAUACCGGAAACAACCCCAAGGGUUACCUCCCUUCGCAUUAUGAGCGCGUACAGAUGUUGUUGUCAGACAGGUUCCUCGGUUUCUUCAUGGUUCCCAACCAGGCCUCGUGGAACUACAACUUCAUGGGUGUUCGUCACGACCCCAACAUGAAGUAUGACCUGCAGCUGGCCAAUCCGAAGGAAUUCUAUCACGAGAUUCACCGUCCGUCUCACUUCCUCAACUUCAGCACCAUGGAGGACGCAGAAAUCAUCGGGGCUGAUCGAGAGGACCUGUAUGCCUAGAAUAGAGUUCAGACUCUUCACAUGGAAACUAUUCAUUCUUUUUCCUCGGAGGAUGUCAUCAUUACCGUUUGAAUAAUUGAUGUUGUGUGCAUUCUGAACAGAAGAGAAAGACUAAUCAUUGGAAGGACCGGCAUGCCUGUAAUUUAAAAUUCUGUUGAAUGUGGUGCAUUAUUUUUUCCAGAAACGUUAAAUCAUCGUAAAUGUGAUCAUACAGUAACAGUUAAUUCAUUUCAUCACUCGCUCACUCACUCACUCAUUCAUGAAAUUGUGUAUAAAUGAAGAUUUAAAGUAUUGUUUUAAACAUUUUGUGUUAACUGAAAAAUCAUUGGAUUCCAUACAGAAUUUUUGGCUAAUGACUAGCUGAAUGUACAUUUCAGGAUAUAUUUUGUACAAAUGUGAAGGGAGUGGUAGCUUUUUGUGAAGCACUUCUUUGUGACUUUUGUGCCGUUGCUGUAAUAGUUGCUAUUAGUGUUGCAGCAGUUGUAUUUUUGGAAUGUAGCAGACUAUUAUGCUAAUUCAGGGUCUAUAAUAUACAUGACUAUAUGACGGACAAUGGUUUGGGAUACUGAGGGCCGACUUUACAAAGCCUAUUGAUGACUUGGACACAUGUAACUACAUACACUUACAAUGUUUAAACAACUGCGUUUAAGAAAAAUGGGCUUUGUAAAUUUGGCCCUGAAUGUUUAUUUUCGAAUGGAUCAUAGAUGUGUUACAAUCGUGAAUACAUAAAUCUGGAAACAUUUCAGUUUUGACAGCAGUUUCUAUUUGGUGUUUUCAUGUUUGUCUACAAGACUUCUACUUGUACAUUUUUUUUUUUUUGUUCUUUGGAAUGUGGACGUAUGUGAUGUCUUUGCAGAUGUGAUGCCUAUCUGACGGACUGAUUGUAGUCACAGUUACUUACGGUGACAAUGUACAUGAGAAACAUACUGCGAAAACUAGCUACAGGAAAUUAAUAAUCCUGUAUUAUCAUCAGAUCUGAUAUUUCAUAGUGGAAAUUUAAAUCAAGAAACUUGAUCAGAGAAUACAGAACCUGAGCCCAUAUUUUUGAAGCAAUCUUAGCCCUACAAAAUCGUAAACCCUUCGUAAGCUAUGACAUUGUGUGUGCUAUCAUAACCUUGUAGCGUAAAAUGGUUUUACGAUUUCGUAAAGCUAAGAUGGCUUCAAAAAUCCCUAGCCAGGUUUUAUUUACAUUUACGUAAUUUAUAGAAUAAGAAUGUGGAUGUGUUGGCAGUCACCUAUGUUUGUUGCUGUACAUUAAAGAUUAAUAAACUUGUCAA